AUGGCGCUUCCUCUAGAGGCCAAGUUUUUUGCCCAACUAGACAAGCAUUCGACAGCACUCUUGGCACUGGCACGAGAGAAGGGAGGAAAAAUGCGGGAAAAGCUGGCCCCAAUCAUGCACACCUAUGACCAGGCUGAAGACAUCCAUAUGAAAAGAACAAGCAUUUUGAAGGCCCUCAUCAUCAUCAUUGGAGAAGAUGUGAGCAACCUCAUCAAGGAGUAUGUCGACUGUCAGGAAGAUGACCUUCAGGGGGACUUGGAGCUGGUAACCAUGGCGGUGUUUUCCAUCGGAUCGGCAGGUGUGAGGUGCAGUCUCCUGGUAAUAUUGGUGUUGCCAUUGAAGGAGUCAGACUCUUGA